GUUUAUCGAUUACGGCCAGCGUAGCGUAGGAGUCAGCAUUGUUGGGGAUUUUGUGUCCAGGGUCUCUGUAGGUGAAGACAGGCAGGGUGGUGGUGGUGGUGGUUCCUCUUGCUGACAAAGUUUCAAGUUGAAACUUUCAAUGCUGUUGCUCGUUGUCGUCGUCUGUGGAUCCUCCCCUCCGCACAGAGCUUCAGGCCCCACAAGUCUUUCUCCAGCCCUCUACGGACCUGCCGCUCAGGGCAUUGCAUUGCUCCAACAACACCAUCAACACCAACAACAACAUCACGACAUCACGACAUCUCGCCGCCGCGCUCCCCGCCAUCCGUUCCCAACCCAUCAUGCAUGAACACCCAACGGUCCCAACCGCUUCUUCACAUGCCAGAUCAUCUCUAGUGCCGGGUCAGCACGGCAAAUUGACCUCCGCUUCGCAUCGUCGGCACCCGAUAUCUAGCACUGCCAGCUUCUCCGUGCCCAGUCGAGCCAGCUUACCCCUCUCUCGGUGCUGUUGCCCAGAAUUUCGUAAGAGAAACCAGAUGGCUGGCGGUAAUUUUGGUUUCCGGAGGACCCAAAGGACGGAAAGGUUACCAUUCAGCUUUGCAAGUAUCACUUGUACAGUACUUCGGCCGCCUUCCAAGAGUCGUCGUACCCCUGUCCAUGAUGUUGUGAAAGUUGGUUUUGAUGUGGCUUACAUGUUUAUCCCGGCAAGAAUAUAUAACAGUGUCAGUCAUCUGACUCAACUCACCCAGCUUAUCACAACCCCCUUCCCUGUUUCGGUCGUAUACGGCCAGAUACAGAGGCACACCGGAACCAACUGCUUUCCACCUCGGCUGGGUUGGGGCUCUGGGGAUUGGCUGUCAAAUUUUUCCAACCUUCUGGAAGCUGCGGAGCAAGAGGAACGGCAAAGCAUCGCCGGGAUCCCAUCUCUUGGAGCGUUUGAUCAAGGCAUCAUCACUCUGCCAGGUUCACCGAUACUCAAAAUUUUUCGCUCACCUUGACCACCACACCGCCGGCUCAAUGUCAUCGGUGACCCGCUCCGAGGUCCUUGACCAUGGAAACUGUCAGACAUCAAACAAAUUUUCACAUGGCAGCAGGGACAGACCUCCGACAAUUCCAUCGUGAUCAUCAUGGGCGAGGGAUGAGCAUGCUGCGUCCAACAGCGAGGCGCGAGGCGGCC